GCAGCCUGUAUUGUGAAGGGCAUUCGACGUAUGCGAGUUACCAUUGGCGUGGAUGGAUGUCUGGUCAGAUUUCAUCCAACUUACGCCAAACAAAUGAUUACCGUCAUGGCGCAUCUGGUUCCCAAAAACUGCACACUGGCUGUGGAUGAUAGCUUCCUCGUCAUUGGACGGGAUCAGGUGCUCAAUUUGAAAGAACGUCUCAACAGCGUCUUUCCGGGCAUACAAAUAAUGAUGGAGAGUGGGAAGAAAACAAACAUCUGGUCUUCCUUGAUGUCCUCAUCUGCCGCAAAGAUUUCGGUAGCCUAA